CCUAAAUUAGUUUUAGUGCCUGUCAGUUGACUAUGUAAGGAAAAGUAUUUUUUUCCGUUUUGUUUUGUUGCAUUUUUUAUCCUUCUCAGCAGGCGUUUGCUGUUGUGCUCUUUCGCGAUAGUCUGACAGCAAAAUAUUCUAUUUUUGUUUUAAAUCGGAUAUUCGUCUGAUCAUUCUUAUUGCUGGGAGAUGGAUCCGCAUGAUGGAAUUGUCACUAUCGAUAUUCUGACACUUUGCUGGGUGCCACAAUUAAACUAAAUAGGCUACGUAAAGACAGAUAAUUUUGCAAUUUUAGACAUCCUCGUAUGAAAUACGAAAGCGUCAACUAUCACAGGCUACUGAUGGUUUAAAACGCGCUCUGCAUUAUUGGUGAAAUAAGACCAGGAUUACGCCAGGUAUCUUAUUUGCGUGGUGUUGAAUGCAAUAUAUCAGAGCGAAUCUGGGAAACUUCAGCGGUUUUCUGUAGGAUGUCGCGCCGCAAGCAAGCUAAACCAAGACCCCUGAAAGUAGAAGACAAUGUGACUGAGGACCAGCUCACCCCUGGGCAGACUGCCGUAGCAAGCGAUCCAGACUUCGGCCCAGAGGGGGUGGCGGAGGAUGCAGAGGACGGCCGUCUGAGGAAGAGGCGUCUGUCUCCGGAGCAGGGCGAGGAGGGGGAGGAGGACGACGACGAGGCCGCGCUGCACAGCUGCGACGGCUGCCGGCAGGUGUUCGAGUCACUGAGCGAUCUCACCGAACACAAGAUUAAUCAAUGCCAGCUGACAGACGGAGCUGACCUUGAGGAUGACCCUUCCUGCUCCUGGCCUGCCUCUUCGCCGUCCAGCAAAGACCAGACGUCCCCGGGCCACGGCGAUGACUACGACUUCGGCGAGGAGGAGGGCGUCCCCGGCCUUCCCUACCCGUGCCAGUUCUGCGACAAGACCUUCAGCCGCCUGAGCUUCCUGAAGCGCCACGAGCAGAGCCACGGCGACAAGCUCCCGUUCAGCUGCACCUUCUGCAGCCGCCUGUUCAAGCACAAGCGCAGCCGCGACCGCCACGUCAAGCUGCACACGGGCGACAAGAAGUACCACUGCGGCGAGUGCGACUCGGCCUUCUCGCGCAGCGACCACCUCAAGAUCCACAUGAAGACGCACGCCUCCAACAAGCCGCACAAGUGCCCCGUGUGCCGCCGCGGCUUCCUCAACUCCAGCUCGCUCCACGGACACAUGCAGGUGCACGAGCGCGGCGCCAAGGAGGGGGGCGGCGGCGGUGGCGGGGGCGGGCGGGCGGAGACGCGCAAGUGCAGCCGCUGCGAGGAGGGCUUCGACGUGCCCGAGGAGCUGCAGCGCCACAUCGCCGAGUGCCACCCGGAGUGCUCGCCGUCGGACGACGGCGGCGGCAGCAGCGUCAGCGGUGUCGGCGGCGCCCUGGGGCCCGGGCUGCAGUGCAUCUACUGCCACGAGCCGUUCGGCGACGAGGGCACGCUGCUGAGCCACAUCGACCAGGCGCACGGGCGCGACCGCGACCGCAAGGGCCACGCCUGCGCCGUCUGCGCCGAGCACUUUGCCACCGUGGAGGAGCUCUACGCCCACAUGGACGUGCACCAGCUGCCCGAGUCCAGCAACCACAGCAACAGCCCCUCGCUGCUGACCGUGGGCUACACGUCCGUGUCCAGCACCACGCCCGACUCCAACCUCUCCGUGGACAGCUCCACCAUGGUGGACGCCGCGCCGCCCGUGCCCAAGGCCCGCGGCCGGCGGAAGCGGACCGCCCAGCACGCCUCCGACCUGCCCGGCCGCCUGGCAAAGCAGUCCAAGAUCGCCUACAGCUGCAUCUACUGCAACAAGCAGGUGUUCUCCAGCCUGGCCGUGCUGCAGAUCCACCUGAAGACCAUGCACCUGGACAAGCCCGAGCAGGCGCACACCUGCCAGUUCUGCCUGGAGGUGCUGCCGUCGCUCUUCAACCUCAACGAGCACCUGAGGCAGGUGCACAACGCCGAGGACCCCUCGGCGCUGCUGGCCACGCUGUCGGACGCGCUGCUCCAGUGCAACUUCUGCUCGGAGGUGCUGGGCGACCUCAACGCCCUGCAGGAGCACAUCCGCUGCUCGCACGGCUUCCCCAGCCCCGUGGCCAAGGAGAGCAACGCCUUCUUCUGCCCGCAGUGCUUCAUGGGCUUCCUGACCGAGGCCACGCUGGAGGAGCACGUGCGGCAGACCCACUGCGACGCGGGCAGCCUGCGCUUCGACUCGCCGCUGGCGGUGGGCUCCAAGGAGCCCAUCGUGGAGGUGUACUCGUGCUCGUACUGCACCAACUCGCCCAUCUUCAACAGCCUGCUCAAGCUCAACAAGCACGUCAAGGAGAACCACAAGAACAUCCCGCUGGCGCUCAACUACAUGAACAACGGCGGCCGCUCGCGGCGGGGGGGGGCGCUCAGCCCGUCGUCGUCGCCCAUCUCGGUGGACGCGGCGCUGCUCAAGCACGCCACGCAGUCCUCGCGCUCGGCCAGCGAGUUCAUCUGCAACCAGUGCGGCGCCAAGUACACCAGCCUGGACCUCUUCCAGACGCACCUCAAGACGCACCUGGACAGCGUGGUGCCCAUGCUCACCUGUCCGCAGUGCAACAAGGACUUCCCCAACCAGGAGUCCCUGCUGAAGCACGUGACGGUGCACUUCACCAUCACCUCCACCUACUACAUCUGCGAGAGCUGCGACAAGCAGUUCACCACCGUGGACGACCUGCAGAAGCACCUGCUGGAGAUGCACACCUUCGUCUUCUUCCGCUGCACGCUCUGCCAGGAGGUGUUCGACUCCAAGGUGUCCACGCAGCUGCACCUGGCGGUCAAGCACAGCAACGAGAAGAAGGUGUUCCGCUGCACCUCGUGCAACUGGGACUUCCGCCACGAGGCGGACCUGCAGCUGCACGUCAAGCACAGCCACCUGGAGAACCAGGGCCGGGCGCACCGCUGCAUCUUCUGCGGCGAGUCCUUCAGCACCGAGGUGGAGCUCCAGUGCCACAUCACCACGCACAGCAAGAAGUACAACUGCCGCUUCUGCAGCAAGGCCUUCCACGCCAUCAUCCUGCUGGAGCGCCACCUGCGCGAGAAGCACUGCGUGUUCGAGGGCAAGGCGCAGAACUGCGGCACCAACGGCUCCGCCGCCGGCGCGGGCGACCCCGUGUCCAAGGACGACCCCGAGCUGCAGGGGCUCAUGGGCAACAGCCACGGAGGAGGCGGAGGCGGAGUCGGAGGCGGAGUCGGAGGCGGGGCAUCAGGAGGAGGCGGCGUGACCGCCGGCGAGUCCCACAACAGCCACGACGGCAGCGAGGAGGAGGUGGACACGUCGGAGGUGAUGUACAGCUGCGACAUCUGCGGCGCCUCGUACACCAUGGAGUCGCUGCUGACCAACCACCAGCUCCGCGACCACAACAUCCGGCCCGGCGAGAGCGCCAUGCACAAGCGCAAGGCCGACAUGAUCAAGGGCAGCCACAAGUGCAACGUCUGCUCGCGCACCUUCUUCUCCGAGGCCGGCCUGCGCGAGCACAUGCAGACCCACCUGGGGCCGGUCAAGCACUACAUGUGCCCCAUCUGCGGCGAGCGCUUCCCCUCGCUGCUGACGCUGACCGAGCACAAGGUCACCCACAGCAAGAGCCUGGACACGGGCAGCUGCCGCAUCUGCAAGAUGCCGCUGCAUAGCGAGGAGGACUUCCUGGAGCACUGCCAGAUGCACCCGGACCUGCGCAACUCGCUGACGGGCUUCCGCUGCGUGGUCUGCAUGCAGACGGUCACGUCCACGCUGGAGCUCAAGAUCCACGGCACGUUCCACAUGCAGAAGACGGGCACCAUGUCCACCAACCACCCGGUGGGGCGCGCGCACGUCCUGCCGCACCAGACGCACAACCAGCACCAGCACCAGCACCACCACCAGGCGCAGGCGCAGAAGCUCUUCAAGUGUGCCUCGUGCCUCAAGGAGUUCCGCUCCAAGCAGGAGCUGGUCAAGCUGGACAUCAACGGGCUGCCGUACGGCCUGUGCGCCGCCUGCGUGAGCGCCGCCGGCAGCAAGAGCUCCAGCCCCACCAUGAACGGCGCCAAGCAGCAGCAGCAGCAGCAGGGGGGAGGUGGAGGAGGCCCCGUGUCCUCGGGCACCGCGGGAUCGUGGGGCCCGGGGGGCGACAGCCCCACCGACGCCAAGGGCAAAGCGGCGUUGUCCUCGGCCUCGUCGACGUCCUCCUCCUCGUCGGCGGCCGCCAAGACCCGCUGCUCCACCUGCAACGUCAAGUUCGAGUCGGAGGCCGAGCUGCAGACGCACGUGCAGACGGUGCACAAGGACCAGGCCGGCGACGGCGGCGGCAGCGGGCAGCUCCGCACCCCACAGGUGUCCCCGAUGCCCAGAGUGAGCCCGGCGACGACCGACGAGAAGAAGACCUACCAGUGCAUCAAGUGCCAGAUGGUUUUCUACAGCGAAUGGGACAUUCAAGUCCAUGUUGCCAAUCACAUGCUUGAAGAGGGGCUGAACCACGAGUGUAAGCUGUGCAACCAGACCUUCGACUCGCCCGCCAAACUCCAGUGCCAUCUCAUCGAGCACAGCUUCGAGGGCAUGGGCGGCACCUUCAAGUGCCCUGUGUGCUUUAUAGUAUUUGUUCAGGCGAAUAAGCUCCAGCACCAUAUUUUCUCAGCCCACGGUCAAGAGGAUAAAAUCUACGACUGCUCCCAGUGCCCACAGAAGUUCUUCUUUCAGACAGAACUGCAGAACCACACAUUGAGCCAGCACAGCAGCUAACAAGGUGAUGGAGCACACCUCUGCGCCAAUGCCACAAUCACAGAGAACUCCAUCGGAGGAUGACAACUACCCAUGUGGUUCUGCCCAUUUAUGCACUGAACUUCAGUUUCAGUAACAGAUUGUUUUUUUUGUUUGUUUGUUUAUUUGUUUGUUUUGUUUUUAUUUUUUUCACAAAAGUGAACAAAAUGCAUAUGAACACAAACAGGAAAAAAAAAGAUACAUGACCCAAGGUCUUUGUGAAUUGUAAUGUUCAGUAACUGGCUAACGUGUAAAUAAUGUUCAUGUGUUGCUACUCCUCAGCUAUAAAGCAGUCUUGCAUUUGCCAGUGUAAAAAAAAACCAAGUCUUUGUUACAAAAAAAAAGAAAAUGAAAAUGAACAAAACAUGGCCAUUGAAAUGAAGUGUAUGAACCAGACAUCAGGACCAGUCAAAAUGGACACAGUUGCGUAGGGACGUCCCUCCAUGAUGCUCCUCUCAAAGCUUGCCUCUGAACGUCCAGAGAUGGACUGCUCGAUCACCAGCAAACUGAAGCCUGCCAUUUUGUGAUUUCUCUUUCAACAGCCACCUCAGUUUACAGGGCAAGCUGAGGUGCGUCAAUCAUUGAAGUGUGCUCUGUCGGUGUACAGAAAACAAAAAGGAAAAAUCAGCAUUCUGAUAUAUGCAAACCCAGUGGGGAGGGGAGGGGGGGGAGACAGGGCCACCUCUUGGUGUUUGGGAGAGAGAACAUAGUCCCCUGCAAGUCCUCAGAACAGUGUCCACUAGCAUGGCAGAAGUAUCUGCUUCUCUGAACGAACCUGUAUAUUUCUGUUAUUAAUGUUUACUGUUUGGCCGAGUCUGGAAGUUUCCUUUCAUCUUUGUUAUAUCAGUAUAUCAUAUUUGGGUGGGAGUGGGGUGGGGGUGGGGGCUAAUAAGCUCCAUUCGGUGCGGUCUUUCUCAAGGGGAGCGCACAGAUGCUUGUCCCCGACUCUCCCUGAAGCAGCCCUACCUUUCACUGAUGUUGUGUGCCGAGCCGUUGCGCCAUAGAGACAGGUGAAAGGCAUUGUUAUAUAGUCUGUACAGUAUUCCCUGACCCCGACCCACAGACACCCAUACGUUCCCUUCUAUACCAGUUUUGCAUUCAUUGAACUUGAGAUGCACUUUUGUAUGAAACUUUCAUGCUUGGACGUUCUUCUUUGGGAAAAAAAAAAAUGUCAUUGCUGUCUUGAAAAGACUGAGAGAAGACUACCACCUCAACUGAAAGACUCUGGUGAAACAAAAUGUAUCAUGAACCGAAACCUCUGGUGUUAAUUAAAAAAAAAUGUAAUGUACAAAUAUGAACUGAGAUCUGCAUUUGGCAGACCUCCUUUUUUGUGUUGCACAUGUGAUGAAAAUAUUAAAACUGUAUGAUGAGA